AUGGCCCGGCUCUGCGCGGCGGCUUCGGCCGCCGUCCUGGCGCUGCUGGGCGGCGCGGCAGGCGCGAUCCCGGACACGUGGCCGAAGCUGCCUGGUGACCCCGACUAUUAUGUCCUGCUGAAGUCGAUCGAGGUGUCCGAGGGCGUCCUGUCCCCGCCCUUCGACCCCCGCGGGCAGGACUUCGCCCUCCCCGUGCAGGACGCCCGCGCCACGGAGAUUGUCCUCACGCUGGAGCUCGACCAGGAGAAGUACGACCUUAUGCACAGCCCAGACGUGUUCGUGGAUGGGGUCAGGACGCCCUACAACCCGCUGCAGCCGAUCGUCGUGGAGCUCCCGCUGAACGAGACGCCGGGGCCCCUGGAGAGGACGAUCCGCGUCGCCGUCGCGGACCCCAGCGGCGCCGGGAUGCUCUGGAGCAGCAAGGGUAUCCACGACCUCUCCGGCGGGGUGCUCGGCAGGGGGGUCCACGAGUACGCGAUCCACCUGAGGCAGACGCCCGAGUUCGGCGAGGCGCUCAGGAUCGUGGA